AUGUCUACACCUGCCGUUCCCUCUAGACUCAGAGGCUCCUCACAUUCGACGCACGCCGCCACUUCCCGCCCCAGAUCGACACAAAUGACGAGGCCAAGUACCUCCAUACAUCCCACAGUUGCACCCUCCCCUUUCACGCCCCUCAUGAAUGCGAUAGCGAAGACGCCGAGUCAUAUCGCGCAAAAUAACAAGAGUCCGGGCAAUGCAAGCCCGAACUACUUUGGACUGACUGUUAACGGGGACGGCGAUCACUUCUCUUCCAGCGCUGCACAGCACAUCCGUGGCAACUGGAGUCCACCGACGUCGAAUGUGCGCUCCACAGCCGCCGCCUCUCCGCAGAUGAUGCCAGUUGAGCAAAACCCUGCUUUCGAGCUGUUCAGGCGACAAUCCGAGAACAACAGAGGGUUCUCAUUGGGCAGUUUCGAAUUUGCAUCAGGUCAUUCCGCAACAUCAAAGGGUUCAUUCUUCCCUCCCGUACAGGCGUCGCCACAGUCGCCGCAAUCGACAGCCAUGCCUCCACCCCCCGCCAGUGCAAAGAACGAGACGAAAAAUGAGAGUAGCCACCCGCCCAAGCCACGUUCGCCAAAGCGGAUGCUGUCCACCGAGUCCACCAUGUUUCCAGACCGUCCACGACGCAAUUCUCCAGCAAGUUUCGAAGGUAUCAAACGCACAAACGCCAUAGCAGAGUUCGUGGAGAACCGAGACAUUCGAGCUUCACUGCCUCCAAAAGAUACCAUUUCGCAAUUGUCCCAGUCAAGUCGGUCUGAAACACUGCCUGCAAAGAUCGCAAACGAACACAAAACGGACGGGCCAACCUUGGCGACCCCUCAGCACAUUGUCAACAUCUUGGAAAGUUCGUCGGAUGAGAUUCUUUUGCUUGAUCUUCGAGUAUCCACACAAUAUGCCAAGAGCUGCAUAACAGGCGCGUUGAGUCUCUGUAUUCCUACAACACUCCUCAAGCGAGCUUCAUUCAACGUUGAAAAGCUAGCAGAAAAUUUCAAGGACGAGGAGCAAAGGCAAAGGUUCGAACGAUGGAGGAGUAGCAAGCACAUCAUAGUAUACGACGCCAGCUCUUCGCAACUCAAGGAUGCAACGACCUGUGUCAACACGCUCAAGAAGUUCACAGGCGAGGGUUGGUCAGGUGGAUGCUACAUCAUCCGUGGCGGCUUCAACGAAUUUGCACAGAAGUUCCCAUCGCGGAUUUCUCAGCAAGCCUCUGCCAGCCCGACGGCGUCUGCUCCGGGAUCCCUCAAACUCAACUCCAAUCUUCCUCUAGCCGCACCUGUCAUUGGCGGCUGCCCUAUGCCUGCUACUCAAAGCGCUGCAAAUCCUUUCUUUGGCAACAUCAGACAAAACAUGGACCUUAUCGGCGGUGUCGGCCAGAUGUCCCUGAAACACCCGGAAGAUAUGACCGAGUCGGCUGAAGAUGAACUGCCUCAAUGGCUCCAGAAAGCGGCAGAGAACAAGGAUAACGGAAAGAGUGUUUCGGACAAGUUCUUGAAGAUCGAGAGACGUGAACAGAAGCGCAUGCAAGAGGCUCUCUCGGGCACGGUCGUCUAUGGAACUCCUACUGGACAGGCUGCCACGAAAAAAAUUCAGAUCGCAGGUAUCGAGAAGGGUUCAAAGAACCGCUACAACAACAUCUGGCCGUACGAACAUUCACGCGUCAAGCUCCAGGGUGUUGGUGAUGGAAGCUGCGAUUAUGUCAACGCCAAUCACGUCCAAGCUACCUACUCCAACAAGCGUUACAUUGCUACUCAGGCUCCGAUCCCAACAACCUUCAACGAAUUCUGGAACGUUGUCUGGCAGCAGGACGUUCGAGUUAUCGUGAUGUUAACAGCCGAAUCGGAAGGUGGUCAGCAGAAAGCUCACAACUACUGGUCAGAAAAGCGUUACGGCUCGCUGCAUUUGAACACCCUAGGCGAACGAAGAGCAUCCCUCGAGCCGUCCAAGAUUCACCGACACCGAGAUCAGUCACGACCAUCACUGAACCAGCGAAAGUCAACCAACGCCAAACUCGCCAACUUCACCAAAGAAGCUACGACCGGCUCACCGACCGCCGAACAGCCCUAUGUUAUGGUCCGCAAAUUCACCUUGUCAAAUGACGCGGAGCCAUUCGCAAGGAUGCGAGAGAUCACACAAUUGCAGUACUCGCAUUGGCCUGAUUUUGGUGCUCCAGCCCACCCAACCCAUCUCCUCGGUCUCAUCGAGCAAACUGAUGCUGUCUCUCGCCAGGUCAACGGUGUCAACUCACCUUCUAAACCUGAACCAUCCAAUACCCGCCCAAUUAUCGUACACUGCUCUGCCGGCUGUGGUCGUACAGGUACUUUCUGCACUGUCGACUCGGUUUUGGAUAUGCUCAAGCGUCAACGACAAGCACGUGCAACGAGGGAGAGCACGCCCAUGGAAGUCGAUGCCGGCAACACUGCCAAGAACGAGCACAAGAAUGUUCGCGAACAAGGCAGCUGGGUCACAAAAGACGACAUGGAUCUCAUCGAGAAGACGGUCGAAGACUUCAGGUUACAGCGACUAAGCAUGGUGCAGACUCUGAGGCAGUUUGUCCUCUGCUACGAGAGUGUUAUGGAAUGGCUUGUCGACCAACAUCCCGAGACGGCGUAG